AUGUCUCCGGCCACCCCCAAGUCCAAGCUGCGCCCCAUCAUCUCCUCCCGCCCCGUCCCCUCCGCCGCCGACGACGACGGCGACGCCUCCGAGCUCGAGCUCGACUCCGUCCAGGACCUCUCCGCCGAGCCCGAGCCCGGAUCCGCCUCCCUCCUCCCCGACUCGCCGCUGCUUACUCCCACCGACACCCAGCCGCGCUGGCUCCUCUCCCAGGCGCAGCCGAAAUGGGCCCGCCUCGACCGGAACGCCCGGUGCUUCACCCGCUGGUGGCGCCGCUCCGUCGCCCGUCUCGUUGACCUGCUGCGGCCCCGGCGCACAUGGCGGUACCUGGCCUGCGUCGUGCUCAUGGCCUACGUGCUGCUGUGCCUCGUCCGCGGCGUCCCGCUGCUGGCGCACCCGCUGCCGGCGUACACGGGCCGCUUCGACGUCGGCGCCGUCGACAUUGAGGUCCCGCUCGACAAGCCGCGGCUCGUCGUCGACGAGACCGUCUUCAAGGACACGGGCGAGCCGGCGUUUGAGCACAAGACGACGCUCUUCACCGUCUACUACCCCGUCGACAAGGGCGCCCGGGAGCACAAGCGCAGGCACGACUGGAUCGCGCGGCCCAUCAGCCUGACGGCCGAGGGGUACGCAAAGUUCGCGGGCGUAAACAACUUCAUCGUGCGGCCCAUCUUUACGUUUGCGCUGUGGCUCAUCGCGGGCGGCAUCACCAUCCCGGCCAAGGUCGACGUGCCGCUGCUCGCGGCGUCCGAGGACGUCCCGGAGCCGUUCCCCGUCAUGGUCUUCUCCCACGGCGACGCCAGCUCCAGGACCGACUACACCAACUUCGUCGGCGAGAUGGCCAGCAGGGGCUACGUCGUCGCCGCCGUGGAGCACCGCGACGGGAGCGGGCCCGGGUCGCUGAUGCGCAUCAAGGGCGAGCCCGACAGGCAGAUCCUGCACUUCAAGGAGACGGAGCUGGAGUCGGUCCCGCCCAUGGACAGGGCCAAGUACAAGUACGACCAGCUCGCCUUCCGGGACGCCGAGAUCCUGCACACGGUCGAAAUCCUGCGCGCCAUCAACGACGGCAAGGGAGAGGACGUCUACCACCGCAACUCCCGCCUCGAGGGCGCCGACCUGCACGCCUGGGCGGGCCGCCUCGACCUCGGCAACCUCACCAUCGGCGGGCACUCGUUCGGCGCGACGGGCGCCCUGCAGGCCCUCAAGCACGCGCCUUCGGCCGUCAACCCGGCCGUCGGCGGCAUCAUCUUCGAUCCGGGCAAGGAGAGCGGCCCGCUCAACGCCGUCAUCGACGUGCCCCUCCUCAUCGUCCACUCCAACUCCUGGUCCAAGCACAAGAGCGCCUUCUACGGCCGCCCGCACUUUGACACCGUCAAGGAGCUCGCCCUCGGCGUCCUCAAGCGCAUCCCCAGCCACGCCUCCUGGUUCCUCACCAGCAUCGGCACCUCCCACCCCAGCGUCUCCGACGCGCCCCUCCUGGAGCCCCUGCUGCUCAGCUGGACGACGGGCUCCUCGCUCAACACAAAGGAGGCGAUGAAGGAGUACGUUCGCGUGGCGGAUGACUUUUGGCACUUCCUGCGCACGAGCCGGGACGUCAACUCUUCGUCUUCGUCUUCCUCGUCGGCUUCGGGAACCGGUGGUGCUGGUGUGUUGGAGGGACAGAUUGUCCAGAGGGGCGAGAUGAGGGGCGUGUUGGCGGAAAAGGUCACGCAUGAGCAGUACGGGGAGUGGGUGAGCAAGGAGAGGAGAGACGAGUUUCCAAAGGCCAUGGCCAAGUUGUGGGAGGUUCAUGUGAGUCCCGUGAUGUCUGACGAGGAUGGGGGCUAUGGCGAUGAUGGGGAUGAGAAGGAUUCGAUUGCUUAUAGAGAUUACCUCUGAGUAUACAUUCACUCCGCUCCCUAUGAUUAGCAGCUUGUAUAUAAAUUACCCCUCAACACAUCACAAAGUCAAAACGAAA